UGUGAAAGGAGGAAUGCCUCCUUGUAAAAAAUCUGUUUGUGGUCCAUGUCAGAUUUGUGGCCGUACAUCAUUAAGAUGGAUUCAUCUCAUAAAAACUAAGAAUGAAAAUCUGAAAUCAUUUAUGCAUACCCACUUGCCAGAAUUGUCAGAUACGGAUUGUAUUUGCAAUGCUUGCCGCCAUAAGUAUAUCAAAAAACUGAAAACCCCCACUUACACACCUGAAAAAACAAGAACCAAAACGAGACCUAUGUGCUUUCUAGCCAACUUUGAGUUAUGUAAUAGUGCUUCUGUGUGUGAUUGCUCAUACACAUUAGAACAACUCAAAGCCUGUUUCCCAAAUCUCGACUUGGCUGAGCUGCCAAAUGAUGUACCACUUUGCAGGCCUCAUAAAUCACAUGUGUAUAAUUUUGGUGCAGCUACAAAUUGUGCAGCUUGUGGAAUUUAUUUGGCGUCUAAAUUAAGAACUUACUCAUGUGCAAAUAUUAACAUUGAGAAUGCUUACUUGAUGCUUCAAUUAGACAAAAAUGAGACAACUUUAACUUCUGACAGCACUCUAUGUUACAUGUGUUAUUCUGUGUCAAAGAGGGUGGAAAUUCCAGAUUUAUCCCUUGAUGAUCUUGAAUCAAGUUUUCUUGAAAAUGUAAAGGACAUUGGGGAUAUGUCGCAUAGUAGAUCUGCUCUGUUGAAGGCUGCCAUAGAAAUGUGUAAUCGUUUCCACAACAAUGAAGCCUUUCUCCUUGUAGAUAUUUAUGAAGAAGUUUUCAUUCCUUACCUGAAUACUCUUUGCUGUCAGUCAGACAAUUGCUUUGAUUCGUGCAAAAGGACCAGUAGGUGGAUGUUGUCUGGGUUAAUUGAAAAAUUCGGCAAUUUGUUGGAUUGCCACAAGAUGCCAGCACCUAAGUUUGGCAUCUUGUUAAUGUACAAAGACCUGGACAUGAAAAAGGCACUUCAUUUGGCUUGUGCGAGAUUACGAUUUCAGAAAAGGAAAGAUCCUGAGCAUUCGCAUUCUGACAUAAAUGAUGGUAGCACAUCUGUAUUUAUGCGUCAAUCAGGUGUCCAUUUAGAUUGCACUAAUGAAGGUCUACUUGCUAAAGUCAAUGAAAAACUUAAGCAACAGGCAAAGGAGAUUACGGAUUAUUUUACCAAGAAUCCUACAGAGGUUGCUUCCUUUACAUUCGAAUCUGUGCUAGAUAUGAUUGAUCCGUUAGUGUGGAAUAUGAUAUCUAUUACAACUGCUACUGUGGAUGAACUCCAGUAUUCCAAUAACGUACCAUUUAUGUGGGACAAAGAAAAAAUCAUGUUUCCUGGCUAUUCCAAAUCACACGGGAAGCAACGCAGAAACAGAAGAAUCAUUCUAACCAUGUAUAUGCAGUUUGUUUUAAAUGAAAGUAACAAUUGUCCCUUACAUAUUGUUGUUGCUAAUUGUGUGAAAAGGUUGUCACAUUCCUCAAAACUGUUGAGGUUAUUAAAUCAGUCCGGCUUUUGUGUAUCUGAGGAUACACUUGAUAGGUUUUUGGAGAAUAUAAAGGAGAUUAGACAAAAAGCAGGUGUGCUUUCAACUUUAGAAGAAUACUCCUUUACAGUUGUAAGUAUAGACAAUAUAGAUGCACAAUCUACUCAUGCUGCCAUAAGUUCUGAAAAGACACAAAGAAGCUGGCAUGGUACAUCGGUCAUGGCCCAGCAACCUAAACCUAUCACUGAAAAGCUUUGUCUUGAUAAUGAGAUACUUGGUGAUGCAAAAAAUCUUCCAGAUUUCCAUGUCAUCCCAAUUUAUGGUGAUGGGCGCUGCCUUUUCAGAUGUGUUGCAGCAUUUAGCAAUUAUGAUAUUUUGCACUGUGACAGAAACGCUUUUGGUAUUCCCAGUGAUACUAAUGUUUUCUUGGAGGAGAUACUAGCAGACAACCUGAGGCAUGCAGUUUGUGAUUUUCUUAGCCUAAACAUUGCGUACUUGGAGACGCUUCCUGUUGGUGUCAAGCAGUUUUUGUUGGAGUCGUCUCCCAACACUUUUUAUGCAUCAUUUGUAGCCCGUAUUGAAGAUGAGCAUUUCCCAGGAACUUAUGGAGGAUGUCUAGAAAUUUGUGCCCUUGCUUCAAUUUGUCAAAUUGACAUUCAUAUUUACCAGCGCUCAGUUGAGGGGAUAAAACUUGUAGCCAAGUAUCCUAUAGACCAGCAUUCAGGCCAUCACAUUUGUUUGCUGUACCGUCCUGAUUCAGCAAGUGCAGCAGGCCAUUUUGAUUUGUUGCUCUCUAGUACUUGUCGACCAAACUGUCACUCAUUAAUUGACUUCGACAGCCAUGCAACUAUCCCUAUGCAGUUGAAUUAUAAUGCUGAGCAAAAAAUUGAAUUAAUGGACAUGUUGUUGGCAUACAUGCCAAUGGCUGUGGAACAUAACCCAGGCACUUCAGAUAUUCAAGAUGUUCAUGAACAUGCACUGGUGACAUCCUCAGGAAAUAAUGGAACUUCAUUCCAAGAGAAAACCAUUGAGGGAGUGACUAAAAAGCCUUCUGUAAGAAGGCAGGUAACCAAAUUGGAUAUUCCACUGCAUGAGAGGACUUAUUUCUCUACUCCGCUUUAUAAAACCUUCAUUCCUCAGCAACUUUCAUUUGAGAAUUUUUCACCAACAGAGGGAGAAAGAGAGGUGGAAAAAAAACUCUCUUAUGAUGUGUUCAUGUACAUUGUUGAACGUCAUGUUACAGUUUCAGGGAAGACUCAAAAUGUUAUCCCAGGCUUGAAGUGCAACAUGGUUCUGCAUGCACAAAGUGAGUGUGAACAAUCCAAAUUUUCCUAUUUGUAUGUCUUGAAUGAGAAGGCGGAUAGUGCCUUGACUAUUAAGUCUGUUGUUAGCUUGCUGUACGAUCUGUUUCACAUUUCCAAAUCUGUCAAUCACCUUGUAGUGUUAGGAGAUGGUGCAACAUUUCGAAUUCUGCUUGAUGUUAAAAAGGAAUACGGUGAAGUUUUGGACUGGGUUGUUCCAUAUAUUGGUGACUGGCAUAUUUUGAAAAAUUUUCAAGAGGUUUUGAUGAAAGUAUUUUGGGAUGCAGGCUUAAAAGAUAUUGCCAGGUUAACACACAAGGGUGGAACUCUGAGAAAUAUGAAAUCUUGUAGCAAUUUCAAAAGGACACAUCGAUUCAUUCUGCAAGUCUACGAAGCAUUUUAUAUUCAUCAGUUCAAAUGCUUUCUAGACUUUAGAAUGGGACAUGAACAAUACGACCGGUGUGUAAUCACAAAUGAAAAAUUGCAGGAAAUGGUCAUUGAUAUUGUUCAGCAGUUACAAGUGCAUGGUGACUCAUGCGAUUAUUCAAAUAUGCAAGAGUUUGUUUCUGGCAUUCAUGUCAAACUUCACAACAUCCUUCCAUCUGUGCUUGAAGAGUUUAAUGAGUAUUGCAACAAUAUGACAGAGAAGUUUGAAACAUUCAAAUUUUGGAACAGAUUUUUGAAAGAAGACUGUUUCUGUUAUAUUCAGCUGUGGAUUGCAAUGAGAAGUGGCAACUGGCAAAUGCGACUUUGUGCUUUAAAAAGAAUGGCCCCAUUGUUCUUUGCAUUUGAUAGACAGAACUAUUCUAAGUUAAUACCCAUUCAUCUCAGUCAAAUGUAUGGUCUUCCAUCUUACAUUGCAAAACACUUUGAAAAUGGCGGUUUCGUUUCAAGUAUUCGAGGAGCAAAUUUCUCUUCAGUGGGGUUUGAUGAAGCGCAUGAAAUGCUCAUCAAUAAGGACUGUAAAAUAGCCCUUUCUCGUGGCUUGCCAACUAACAUGGAAAAAAUGGCAGGUACACUAGAAUUUCAGGGCCAAUUAAUUAACAGUUUCCACAACCAGCUUGCCCUUUCUGUUCUUGCACACCCUUUUCAAAGAGAUAUGUCACCUUCAGUUAUAGCAUCAGAGCUAAAAAAUGUGAAGGUUUACUUCUCCAAAGUGUCUGCGAGUUCUAUAUUUAAUGCUGACCAGUCACCAACUUUACACAGUGUUUUUGAUCACACACCUGCCAAUAAAGUCCAGCAAAAGGCCCUGCUUGGCUUCAGAGAUAUCGGAACAGUAGCGUUACAUAACUAUGUUCGAUCAUGUAUUUUGAAAGAUCCCAGUGUCAACAAACCAGUCAUUAGACGACAUCAGCUUCGCACUUUUGCAAAAGAAAAAGUGACCAAGAGAAAAAUUAAUCUCAUUGAAAAGGAAAAAAAAAUGGUAACACUUUGUUACAAGCGCACAAUAGCCUAUUCACAGGAGCACAAUCUACCGAUCAAUCAACUUUUGCAGUUUGUAGAAACACCUAGAGCUCUUUGCACCCCAUCAGGUAUGCCGUACAAAGGAGCAAAAUAUGUGAUAUAUGACUUUUUUGGGAAACGAUAUGAAGCAACUUGUUGUCUUAUCACAGAUUCUCAUGUUUUCAAUACAGGCGCAUGUCUAAUUGCAGAAGGGAUGAAUAUAAUAUAUACUAAUCCACUGUCUGGAUUCAAAUUUUUCUGGGAGUAUGCAAUGUUUAUUGUUUCAAGGUGGAUUAAACCCUAUUUUAGAAAACAAUACAAAGAAGUCAGAAUUCUUUUUGACCAGGUGUGUUCUCAGGGCGUUUCUCCAAAAGGAUUUGAGAGAGAAAGAAGAGAUAUCCAAACAUACAUGUAUGAUGAUGAUGAUGAUGUGGUGGUGUAUGAUGACAUACAUGAUCAAACAAAUCUACCACCAAGCUGGUCCAAGUUUCUGAAAGUUAGACAGAAUAAGCGAUUGCUUUGUAAUUAUCUGUCUAACAAAUUUAUUGAAAUUGUGUCUUCAUCAAUCCUAACAGAAGACCAGAUUUUUGUUACUUCAGGUGGUUUUGAACCUAAUAGGCCAGGUUCAAAUGAAUGGACUGGCAAGUAUGUAACAAAGGCAGGUGUACAGCAUCAUACAAUUUUUCACAACCAUGAAGAAACAGAUACGCAGAUUUGGUUGCAUGUUGCCGACACAAAAUGUUCUGUCAUACAUAUUUAUUCUGUAGACAGAGAUAUAGGAAUGAUUGGUUUACCCCUCGUCUUUGAUGGUAAAUCCAUUAUAAUCCAGUAUAAAGCAUCAGCAACCAAUGAGAAGUAUUUACACUUGAAUAAUCUUCAGUCAGCUCUUAAAAAUGAUCCAGACUUGGCAGGGCUUGUUGCCAGUGGCUGUGACAUCUGUAAAAUAAUCCAGGUUCUGUACAUUUGUACUGGAUGUGACUUUGUCUCUUACUUUGCCAGACUUGGUAAAUCUACAUUUUUCAGAGUUUUCUUUCAGUUCGCUGCAUUUAUUUCAGGAAAUGACCCCCAAACGGGGGGUCAUUUAAGUAAUACUAAUCUAAAUGUUAAUCACAAAGAAGGCCUUCUUUCAUUUUAUCGACUUGUUGGUUGUGUCUACUUUCAAGCUAAUCGUGCUUGCCUCACUCAGCAUGCCAACAACCCUGUCGAACUGUUUGACAGUAUACAGGAAACCACAUCACUUGAUCAACAUUACAAGUUUUUGUCUAUUAUUCGUAAAGCAUCAUGGAAAGGUGAAUAUGAAGAUACCUUACUACCAUCAGAUACUGCUUUGUCUUUGCACUGGUUAAGAUCAUGUUGGGUUAGCAGUGUAUGGGGCAGUGCCCUUCAACCUGUGUUUGACUACCCUGAUGUCAAAUGUUAUGGCUGGGCACAGUCUGAAAAUGAUGCUCGUGAUAUUUGUAUUGUUUGGGACUCUUCAGACAAUAUGGAGAGAGUCCGGAAAAAUGUGUACCAUUUGACAAGAGGUUGCAGUUGUAACAAAAAUAAGUGCCUCAAUAGACAGUGUAAGUGCCAAAAAAAUAAUCAACGAUGUGGACCUGGCUGCACUUGUCGAAACUGUGAGAAUGUUCCAGUAGUGGUAGAUAAACCUGAAAUUUUUCAGGAUGAUAUUGAUUCUGAAUCCAAUGAGUCACAUUCCAGUAGUGAAGAUACAUGUAGUGAUACAGAAGAUCCCCCUGAUCAUGAUAUACAUGCACAUGAAAAUGACAAUUCAUCUCAAAAUGAGCAAGAUGAUUGGUUGUGAAUAUUUUCUGAUAAUGUACCCAAUUUUUUGUGAGUCAUUAUUACAUGUACAGGAUGCAGUACAGAGCAGAAUGCAAUUGGAGUAUUUCUGCAUUUACAGGAAGCAUGCAGGAUUAAUAUGGUGGUGCUUAUUCAUGAUUGUUACUUCUUGUAAGGAGUUAGUGCACGCAUGAUGUAUAUCCAACUCCAUUUU